AUGGAAAAUAUGCCAAAAGCUAUUGAAGAAAAGGACACCCAGAAAAUCAGUCUAGAGAAAUUUAUCCUGGCCAAAACCAAGAAACAAGAUAUCACCAGAUAUCAGAGCAUUCUCUAUAAGAUCUUUCCAGAGAACAGAGAAGCUAAGCCAUUGGGUUCAGACCCUGGAAAAGUUCCAGAAAACAGUGAACUUUGAAUUCAUUUCAAAGAUCUUAGAGAUGAGAAGUUUGUCAAAAGUUUCAAGCAUCUCAAGUUCUUUGAUAUAAAUCAGAUUUGGUUUCAUUACUUUGACUCUAAAAAUAGGCAUUUUGUAGAUUUCUUAGAAUCCUCAUUCCCAAAUAAAACUAAUUAUCUCUGUUUUAAAUCCAGGGCUAAAAUGGAUCUAAAUAGGUCCAAUUACUUAAGCCCACUACUCAGGCUCAGUUCUAAAGUGACCAAAGAAGUUUCGUUUUAUCGUUUCUGCAUUGGCUUCAACCAAUUGAAGAGGUUGGUGGCAGCUUACAGGCAUGCGAGAGUAUUGGUAUUGUGGGAUUGCAGUUUAUCUAUUCCAAGUGUUCCUGAUUUUUCAAAGGCUCUUACAAAUUGCCAAAUCCAGGAUCUAGAUUUAAUCGGAUCAGGAAGCUCUAAUAGAAGUGACUGGGAGAACAGCUUCGGCCAAUUCAAGAACUUGAUACAAGGGCUAGCAAGUUCUCCGAAUUUAAGAUCGAGUCUCAAAAAAGUAGACAUCCUGAGAUGAGGAAUAACCCAAAGUGCAGCUAAACAAAUCUUUGAAGAAAACCAGCUUGGACAAGUUAAAAUAAUUGGUGGUAAAAAGUUUAGAUAA